AGUGUGGAUCAUGUGACAGCAGCAGUUUCUACACGACACAUCGAAGACACACACACUGACAGACACACAAAGUGUAAGUCAGUGGAUUUCGUUAAGUUAGGGAAGUUGUCGCCCUCAGCGCGUCGACACCACCGCGCGGAGUUGACGGACUUGUUCUCAUGUCAGUGACGCCGCAGUUGAAUCACUUUGUAGCGGACUAAAGCGGAGAAAGUCGUUCCAAGUAUCUCCAGCAAAUAGACGGCUCCUGCUUCGUCUGAAAGGAUUUCGGCCAUUGCAGCCAUGUUGAUGUAUGAUUACCCCCUGAAGACAGACAUGGAGACGUCAUUCUACUCAUCGCUAGUGAAAACGCCGGAGCCGUACGGCGUCAUCUUCUCCCAUCCGGCCCACCUCUACCACCACAGCCACAUGCAGGCCCUCGCUCAGUCUCAUGCUGCCAGCAACCCAUCACAUGCCCAGCUGGAGCCUGUUGAUCUGUCUGUGAGCAAGCGCUCGUCCUCCUCCGCCACCUCCACCUCGUCCUCCCCUCACUGCUCGUCCGCCUCUUCACCGGCCUCCUCACGAAGCACACCGCCGUCCCCUUUCAGCACUGCCAGCCGCGUCUCCCCGCGCUGCUCCCCCCAAUUGACCCAGCGGCACCCCUCGCCGUCCCACAAUCUCCCGCCGCACACCACCUCGCUGUCGUAUCCCAGCAUGGUGGCUCCUAUGAUGGGCGCGGGCUCGGGCGUCAUCCAGAGCUCGGGGGUCAUGGUGUCUCCAGUCAUGGUGCCUCUGUCUGUCCUGUACCCCUCCCCUCUCCACUUGCACCAGCCCAUAAUGGUGAGCCCACCUCUUACGACAGACGAGGACCAUCAUCACCAUCAUCGUCAUCACCAUCGGAGCAGAGAGCACAAAACAGUUCAAUCCACAAAGUCAUUGGAUGGGCGGGGCGAUGCCCACAUUUUGCACAAGCUCAUCAAAACCGAGCCUCGUCCUGAGCUCAUCCAUGAGCACCACAGCAGCCACGACAUGAAGUCAUCGGUCAUCAGGAUACCACACGGAUUUGAGGGCAACAACCCGUCAGUUAUUGUCCAUUCUGCCGCUCAGCAUCCUCUCCCCGCUGAAUCUCCAGACUCACUGAAGAAGAGAAGAAUCCACCGCUGCGAUUUUUCCGGUUGCAACAAAGUCUACACAAAGAGUUCGCACCUCAAAGCGCACCGCAGGACGCACACAGGUGAGAAACCGUACAAGUGCAUGUGGGAAGGCUGCACGUGGAAGUUCGCCCGGUCGGAUGAGCUGACCCGACACUUUCGCAAGCACACGGGAGUCAAACCUUUCCAGUGUCCCGACUGCGAGCGCAGCUUUUCCCGCUCCGACCACUUGGCCUUGCACAAAAAGCGCCACCUACUGGUGUGAAACGCCAGCUCAGGACAACUUGAUUAAAACCUGGUGUUGAAUUCAACGUUGGACUAUACCACUUUGACUUUGGGGAGAGUGGGGUAUAAAUAUUGGACUCCAAUGGGCAAGCUUUGACGCUUUCACCUCUUUGACCUGAAUAUGAGCUGGGAUCCUACUGCUACUCAUACGGACCUUCGAAUCAUUCACCGCGUGUUGCCAUUCCAAUUUAGGGAUCUAGACAUUUUCUCUUUUCAAAUGGAUUGCAACAUCUCAGCUGGUUUGAGAGUGCUUCCCCCUUGUGGCUUUACAAAACACACAUAUGGAAAGCCCGUUGGACAUUUAUUCUGUAGGCCUUGAUAUCCACCUUUGGGUCCAUGUACAAGUAAACGGGUGAUGGCAAAAUGAAGCUUCAAAUUUGCUUCAUGAACCAGUUGUAUUUUUUGAUUGUUCAACUGAGAGUACCAUCUAGAGGACUCAAAAAAUACAGCAAUUGUUUCAUGAAGCAAAUUGGAAGUUUCAUUUCCUAUCACUACCUUUGGGCAUAAAUUCAACAUGCUACUAGAGCACGUCAUUGUCUUACUAGUGAGUACAUGGACCUUAAACUGGAUAACAAAGUUAUGGACCAAAUGUUCAGUACUUUCCACACACAUAUGAAUCAAUUUUAGUCAAAGGUAACACUUUUUUUAAAUUGCCUUCAAGGGCCAAUGAAAUGUGAAAUUUCCACAUUGUAUCACAUCACACGUAUUUGUCAGCAAUGUGUCUAACUCAGCCAAUGCUAAUCCCCAAAUUGAAACAGCACACACCUCAUCUGCUUCUAAAAGCUUGAACAAUGCCUUCUCUUAUGUGCACACUUUAAUGGAACACAAUGCAAGAAAGAUGCACUUAAUCUGGGUUAGAAAGUAUUUUGAUGGAUUUUAUUCAGAAAUGUGAAGAUUGCUGCACUUGGGGCAUUACUGUUUCGGUGAGGACAUGAUAUUGAGUGCAGCAAAAUCUCUCAUUUCUUUAUCAAGCUUAUACAGCACAGUAUAUUUAUAUUAUGGUCUGUUUGAAAGGGUUGUGAUGCAAUGUAAAUGUAAGUUUUUAUCCUGAGACACUUUUAUUUGGGAAAAUGUCGGCGUUUAAGGCAAGGAACCGAACAGAACUUGUUUGCUUUCAAUAUUUCUACAUUCCAAAAUAAUUCCAGUUUUCUCUCAUUUGGCUAGUCCUUCUUUACAGCCGCCAGAGAACAAAGAGAAAAACAAUUUCUGUGUGUUCAUGUCUCCAUGCAGUGUGCACUUUAAAAUUCAAAACAGCAUUCCCAAAGGGAUACAUUUAUCCACUCAUAAACUAAACAUACUCGAAUGUAGCGGCUCAACAGAUCAGCAUUUUUCAGUUUUUUGCUUGUAAAGGCUUUUGUGUCUGCAAAUAUAAGUUGUAAUAUAUAUUAUAUUCAUUUAUAUUUUAUAAUUGUUAGACUGAAAGGGCAAAUACAGGUUUUUAUUAAGCAUGAUUUUGAUACUCAUAAUAAUGAAAAAUAUUACACAUUUCUGCAAUGUUGUGUCUAUCAUGAACCUUAUCUCUUUUUAAUCUAUUUUGGUAAUUCAAAGGGAAUGUGUUAAACUGUGAACAUAACUGUACAGAUCUGUCUGCAAUUUCUUUUAAAACAGAAUAUUCAUACCAUUUAAUAAACUUAUUGAUACUA